CACUUCUUGUGUCCGCCUGCCAGCCACAGCAGUACAGCACUCUGACCAGGAUGUUGGACCCGGGCCACUUCGUGGAGGAGACGGUCACGAUGGAGGAGGAUCCCGACCUGCCCGCCUCCGUUGUUUCCGUGGAAACGUCGGACGACGGGACCACGCGCAGGACGGAGACCACGGUGAAGAAGGUUGUAAAGACGGUCACGACUCGCACAGUGAUCCCCUCUGUCUCAGACGCCCUCUCCCUGGACGGCUCGAUCCAGGGGGGCAACGGCUUUUCAGGGGGCUCCAUGCAGGGCGGGGGGGGUCCGGGGAACGGUGGGGGCUACACGGCCACGCUGGAGCGCAUGUACCGAGGAGGAGGGACCCCCACUCCCGCCCCACCUGGGGGAAACAUGUACAUGGGACCCCCGGGCACCGCCACCGUACCCCGAAACUACCACUACGCAGACUCCGCAGGGGGUUACCCGCGGGGAGGGGGGGGCUACGGGGAAACCAACAGCUACCGGCCCGGCCCCCCCUCGGAGGCCUACGCCAGCCUCUCGAGAAUGCAACACAUGGAUGAGAGAUACAGGCCCGCAGAGGGGUACCGCACUCUGGAUGCGGGGUACCGGGCCCCCAGCAGGCAGGCCGACCCGUACGCAGCCCAGCCGCAGGUGCGCAUGGGGAGCAACUUGGAGCUGAGCCGAGGGGGGCACCCCGAAAGAUUCGUCCACGAGCCGUACGGGCUGGAGGAUGACCAGAGGAGCCUGGGAUACGAGGACCUGGACUAUGGCCUGGCCCCUGGCCUGGGGGGCUCCCGGGACUACCCCAGCAUGACGCUGAGGAGCACAGGGGGCACGCUGGACCCCCGCCGCAGGCUCAGGAGCUAUGAGGACACCCUGGACAAUGACAUGGGGGGAGGGGACCCCUAUUACUGGAGCAGCAACGCCCCUCUGGCCCAGGCGGAGCGGGGCAGCAUGGCCAGUCUGGACGGCACGCUGCGGAAGGGGGGGGCGCCCCAAAACUGGAGGCAGCCGGAGCUCCCCGAGGUGAUUGCCAUGCUGAACUAUCGACUGGACCCCGUGAAAUCCAACGCAGCCGCCUUCCUACAGCACCUCACCUUCCAGAACGACAAGAUGAAAUCUGACGUCCGUCGUUUGAAGGGGAUCCCCGCGCUGGUCGGCCUCCUGGAUCACCCCAAAAAAGACGUGCACUACAGCGCCUGCGGGGCCCUGAAAAACAUCUCCUUCGGACGGGAGGGAGAUAACAAGGUGGCGAUCAAGAACUGCGACGGAGUGCCGGCCCUCGUGAGACUGCUGAGGAAAGCGAGAGACCAGGACCUCACUGACUGCAUCACAGGCACCCUGUGGAACCUCUCCUCUCACGACUCUGUUAAGAUGGAGAUCGUGGAUCACGCGCUGCACGCUCUCUCUGACGAGGUCAUGGUGCCGCGGUCGGGGUGGGAGAGGGAGCAGAACGAAGAUUCCAAGCCCAGACACAUAGAGUGGGAGACGGCCCUCACCAACACUGCCGGCUGCCUGAGGAAUGUGAGUUCGGAGCGCAGCGAGGCGCGCAGGAAGCUGAGGGAGUGCAGCGGGCUGGUGGAUGCGCUCAUGUACAUCGUGCAGUCACAGAUCAACCGCCAGGACGUAGACAACAAGCUGGUUGAGAACUGCGUGUGUCUGCUCCGAAACCUGUCCUAUCAGGUGCACAAGGAGGUCCCAGGACACGAGCGCUACCAGGAGAACAACGCGCUCCUCGGGCAAUCCCCGAACACCAACGGGACCCAGCGAGCCAGCUGCUUCGGCAGCAAGAAGGGCAAAGACGCGUGGUUUGCUGAAGGUGAUAACACUGAGGAUUACAGCACAGAAGUCAUUGAUAUUCCAAAACGCUCAGCACCGGCAAAAGGUAGACCUAACUUCAUUUAUAUACUCUGAGCACAGCCUUUGAUUGUGCUAUGUACACGUCUCUGGAGCACAGUGUCGAAAAACCCUGCGGUGCUGGAGGCUGCUGCUGGAGCUCUUCAGAACCUGUGUGCAGGGAGGUGGACGUACGGGAGGUAUAUCCGUGCGAUGGUGCGUCAGGAGAAAGGGCUGUCUAGCAUCGCGGAGCUGCUGGAGCACCCCCAGGACAGGGUGGUGAGGGGGGUGUCGGGGGCUCUAAGGAACCUGGCCAUCGAUGGGAGGAACAGAGAGCUCAUCGGGAAGCACGCGAUGGCCAAUUUAGUGCGGAACCUUCCAGGAGGGCAGCAGCAGCCAGCGAAGAAUCUGAGUGAGGAAACGACCGUGUCUCUGCUGAGCACCAUGAACGAGGUCCUGCUGAACAACCUGGAGGCAGCCAAGAAACUGAGAGAGGCGCAGGGGAUCGAGAAACUGGUGCUGAUCAACAAGGACGGCAAUCGCACAGACAAGGAGGUUCGGGGCGCGGGGCUCGUGCUGCAGACAGUUUGGGGGUACAAGGAGCUGCGCAAGCCCCUGGAGAAGGAGGGCUGGAAGAAAACUGACUUCAUGGUGAAUCUGAACCCCGCCCCCCGGAGCCAGGGGUAUGAGGACAGCACACUGCCCCUCAUGGACCGGAGAGCAGGUGAGAAGGGAGACAGAGACAUGAUUCCCAUGAAUGACUUGGGCCCAGAGGCUUAUUCCACUCUGGACCAGCGAGACCGGAACCGGUCCAUUGACUUGUCUGAACGUGACCACAUGCAGAAAAACUAAUAAUCUUCAUCUCGCAGAGAGAUUUAUCAAUCCAAGCCCACUGCCGCUAGACUCUCACACGAGGGGGAGAGGGAGAGAGAUCCAGUGUAAAAUAACCAAGAAAUCAAUACAAUAAAAUAGAAGCAGAAAGACAGGACUGGAUUUGAAAGAGGAGGAGCCAUUCUGUCUUUCAUUCAAGAAAAAAUCUCUGUUCUCUCUCUCUCUCUCUCUCUCUCUCUCUCUCUGCCUCCUUCCUUCGAUCAAUCUAUCCACCCCUCCAAAAAAUCAGAAUAUAGUAUCUGCCCAGGGGCUUGAAACCAGUGAGGUAAUCAGAGGCUGCAGUACUGAAUGCAGCCACCAGAGGGAGUGUAUCUCGACGCAGAAUUGUAGUUUAUAAAAUUAUUAUAGUGGGUUUAAAAAAAUUGAUUUUAAAAUGUGUUUUUUAAAUUUAUUUUCAUUAUCAAGUAAAAACAUAGUUUCUUCAAGUGUGUGAUUUGUUUUGACUUUUUGCCCACAGUGCCCUCUACUGUUCAGUGGGUGGUAAUGCACAUAAUCUCUCCUAUGCGUGGAAGAGCAGUGUCUGUCCUGUAGGGGGUGUUUACGUUCGGCAGGAGAGGAUUGGCAAACUGCCAUUUCUAGAAUUUAGGUAACAUUUUAAGAAAGUGUUUUUCUAAAAGAAACAGCAGGAGAAGUUUAACGAGAGAGAGAGAGAGUGUGUGUGUGUGUGGGGGAUAUUAAAAUUUCAACACAAAGAUCAGUUCACAGUUCGUCGUGCCUCCAGAUCAGAAACUCUGCGUUGUGAGAAUCAAUUUCGCCGCUGCGAUUUAUUAUUAUUAUUUGAGAGACUUGAAGCACUUUGCAUUGAUCUGCAAAAGAGAGGGAAUUGAAAAAGAAACCUAGUUUAUAAACUCGGCCUUUUAAUUCAACCCUGGGGAGGAUAUCGGCAGGUUUAAAAAAGCCACACGCUUGUGUCCUCUCUUUCUGUUCCCUUUUCUCCUCCUUUUUCUCCAUUCCUUUUCUUUCCCUCUCAUUUUCUCAUUCCCUUCUCUCUAUUCUUUCUUUCCCUUCUCUCCUUUCUCUGUUUUAGUUCAUUUAGUCAAACGCCAGGAAUGCGGUGAUGAUCUUGCUUGUGUUUUCUCUACUGGAGAUAUGGGGAGGCUGGGGGGUAUCUGUUUAGAUAGGGAGGGGGGAGACCGAGCUGGUUUACAGACUCUGGGAGGAGCGUUCUUUGGGGUGGGGGGUGGGGGGGUGGGGGGCUAUUUUCAAAUGUACAUUUUGUGGAGGGAGACAAUCUGUGUUUUUAUGAUAGUUUUGGUUGCUCGUUGAACCAAACAACCUGCGAUUAUCACUCUAAUCAAUCAAUCAUUACUAAUUAAACGCUUGUGAUUUUUAGUUUUCUUUCAAAUUUUGAAGGGG